UGGGCCGUGAGUGAGGAGCGACGAUGUAAGCGUGAAUUUCCUAAUCGCAAGAGGUCCAGAGAAGGAGCCAUGUCCCUUGCACAGAAACUAAGAGACCUCUUCCCCACCAAAUGGAGCCUGUUCAUCUUCAUUGCCUACAUGGCUCUCUUCAUAAAUCAGGAAACUGGCGGAAACCUACAUGGUCGGAAGAGGAGACGCAAGACGACACUGGACACCACACACUCAACACACCCGUCCGCACUCUGCGAGCCGGCACAACGGGAUGGGGACGCGCGGUCCCCUGUCGCGGUCUCCCCCUCUCUAGCCGGAGGCGAGGAUGGGACCGCCCGCUGCCGGCCGCGUACAGUCUUCAAAACGGAAUCCUGGUGACUGCUACAAAGAACAAGGACAACAGCUAUGACUACAACACAGUGACUGUUGUAAUUUUGACCGAGUUCACCAAGCUAUUCAUGUCCCUGGCACUGUAUCUGCACAAGCAAAAAUGGCAGCUAUCUGCACUCGUCGAAGGGAUCAUUGCUAACCGCCGAGCAUGCCUGCUGUACCUGGUGCCGGCCGUGCUCUACUGCAUCUACAACAUGCUGACGUUCGUCAACCUCAAGGCGUUCGACCCGACCACCUACUUCCUGCUGCUGCAGCUGCGCGUCGUCGUCACCGGCGUCAUGUUUCAGGUGCUGUUCAAACGGCGGCUGUCGGGCCGGCAGUGGUUUUCGCUGCUGUUGCUGACCCUGGGCUGCGUCAUCAAGCAGCUCAAUUUCGGCGGACCGGCGUCUGCUCAGGCCGGCAAGACGUGGCACGACGGCAUCUUCAGCAUCAACCUGCUGCUGAUCCUGGUGCAGGUGUUCUGUUCGUGCACGGCCGGCGUGUACAACGAGUACCUACUGAAGCAGGGCGCCGCCGGCGUCGACGUGAUGCUCCAGAACGCCUUCAUGUACGCUGACUCCAUUGUGUUCGCCGUGCUCACCCUGGCUGUUCGCGGCGAGCUGUCUGCAGCGCUGACAGCCUCGGCACUGCGCUCCGUGGCCCGCCCGGCGGUGCUAAUGAUUGUCUUCAAUAACGCCACGGUGGGCAUCGUCACCUGCUACUUCCUGCACUCGCUCGACUCGAUCCUGAAGACGUUCGCCAGCGCGCUGGAGCUCAUGUUCACGGCGGUGCUGUGUUGGAUGAUAUUCGGUAUUCCCGUGUACGCCAACACGGCAGUGGCGAUCGCCAUCGUGUCGGCAGCUAUCUGCGUGUACGCUCAGCAGCCGGUGAGAAACCCUCCGCCCGCCGCCGGCGCCGCCCAGAAGGAAGGUGAUUCGGAGAGCGGCCAGCCGCUGCUGCGGAAUGCUUAGAGAGAACGUCUCCAUUUUUUUCAUCCCGUCACUCGCAUAGACACACCACCACCCCCUGGCGGAGAGAAGAGCUUAAACCCGCACCGGUUGUGAAAGGCGAGGCGUGAUGGCAUUCAGCGCCCCGCCGGAACCGGCCGGAGCGGAAAACGACGGCCAGUUUCUGUCGGCCGUGAUGACAUAACCAGACGGUAUAGCUCAUGCGCCGGAUCUCGACCCGCUUUGCUCGUUGAACAGCUGUGGUGGGAAAUGCUCGAGUGUAGAUGUAGAGGCUGUUGCCUGUUAUCCUUGUCAACGUUAGGCGUCGUUGGAUAUGCAAGGAUGAAUGCGAGAUCAUACCUUACUUACGCCCUUCAUACUAUUAUCGAACGUUUUAUUUUAUCGUUCGUUUUGUUGCACGGCACUUAGCUUGUUAAUUGUUAUGGUUUCAGUUAUUCCGGGUGAUUGUUGAAAUUAGCUGUCCAUCGCAGGUCAGUAUAUUUAACUUGUUUGACAUCAGGUAGGAGUUCUAGGUAGGUAGCUUAGUCUAUGCUUACUCAUCUUCACUGGUCUGUGAUUCUAGUCGCGUUAUUAUCGCAUGAAAUUAUCAUUAAUCAGCACUGUUCAUGUGCAGCGUCCGUGAUUUGCACAUUUGUUACGUUUGCGCUUCAAAUAGCGAUUUCAUAGUCACAACUGUUGCCCUAUGCAUAUUGUGUGCUAAUUCCGCUUUCGUAAGCCAAUCGGUAGCUAGAUACUCAGGUUUCUGAGGGAUAGUUAAGCACUGUGGCGCAGUGUUCAGUCACAUUGCUGAGAGUUCGCUCAGGAUUUGUCCGUUUGUCGGUUGUCACCGCCGGUAUCGCGGUGAACCCGACGCAGCUGUGUUGCUACCCAUCGCUACUGCCGACGGGGUAGACUCGACUCUCUUACUGCUCGAAACCCGGCCCUUAUCAAAAGUGUUGCCGGAGAAUGCUAGUGACACGUGUUCAAUCCCAUACUUUCGUCUGUGGCCGGUAACUUUGGCAGGUGUGAUAAUGCGGUAUCGCAAUCAAUUGUUAUGAUGCUUGAUGGAGAAUAUGACCGAUCGCUGAUCAGGGGAAUGGCCAGCUAUGUUAGCUUUAUGAAAACCUGGGCUCCUUUGAUACCUGAUUAAGUUGUGUUCUCUAUAGCCUUGUGUUCGUUCGACAAUCAGGGUGGGCGAGGAUGGCCCACCUCGUUUUAGAACGUCUGACGUUCAAGCUGUUUUGUUUCAUGUUUGUGUCGUAAGACAUACCACGCACCUUGAAGUAACCAAAGUGUGAGACUGCAUGUUCGGUUGUGGCUUUCAUGCGGUGUUCGUAUUUUCGUAGCGCCUUUUUCAUACUCUGCACGUGUUCAACAUGGAAUCGGGAACGGAGAUUCAUAGCGUUGGAUUGUAUUGCGUGAGGCGGUUCACCGAAAUGUUUGACGGGCUACCUCCCCGGUAGGGGGGGGGGGGGGUCUGGCGGUGUUACUUCUUCUGCCCUGGCCAGUGUGAUAGGUGCCGGCACGUUUGCAUUGUGAGCUCAGCCUCACGGCAAGUGGCAUCGCUUUGCCUUCUGGGCCACCGGCCUAGUGAAUAUGCAGUGAUAAUACAUUCGGAGUUGAUUCAGUCUCAA